AUGGCGACGGACGGCGCGAGCUGCGAGCCCGAUUUCUCCCGCGCCCCGGAGGACGCGGGGGCCACGACGGAGGCGGCGAAGAAAGAGUUUGAUGUGGACACGCUCAGUAAGUCUGAGCUACGGAUGCUCCUCAGCGUAAUGGAAGGGGAACUGGAGGCCAGAGACCUCGUCAUUGAGGCCCUGAGGGCUCGCCGAAAGGAGGUCUUCAUCCAGGAGCGAUAUGGGAGAUAUAACUUGAAUGAUCCAUUCCUGGCCUUGCAGAGAGACUAUGAGGCAGGUGCUGGGGAUAAAGAGAAGAAGCCCGUUUGUACCAACCCCCUCUCUAUCCUUGAAGCUGUCAUGGCCCACUGCAGGAAAAUGCAGGAACGGAUGUCCACACAGCUGGCUGCUGCCGAGAGCAGACAGAAGAAGCUGGAGAUGGAGAAGCUUCAGCUCCAGGCCCUGGAGCAGGAGCACCGGAAGCUGACCGCCCGCCUGGAGGAGGAGCGAGGCAAGAACAAGCACGUGGUCCUGAUGCUGGUGAAGGAGUGCAAGCAGCUCUCGGGCAAGGUCAUUGAGGAGGCCCAGAGGGUGGAGGAAGCCAUGGCCCAGCUGGAAGAGGAAAAGAAAAGAAGCAGCGAGCUGGAAGGGGAGCUCUCCGCCGAGAAACGCCGGAGCACCGACAUGGAAGCGCAGAUGGAGAAACAGCUCUCCGAGUUCGACACCGAGAGGGAGCAGCUGCGGGCCAAGCUGAGCCGAGAGGAGGCCCACACCACGGACCUCAAAGAGGAGAUCGACAAGAUGAAGAGGAUGAUCGAGCAGCUGAAAAGGGGAAGCGACAGCAAGCCAAGCCUCACCCUUCCCCGGAAGGCCAAAGAUAGGCGUCUGGUUUCUGUGUCGGUGGCAACAGAAGGGCCUGGGACCCGGUCUGUUGCUUGUCAGACCGACCUGGGGAUAGAAAGCGCUGAGCAGGCGAAGAAGGUGCCUCUGACAGUCCCUGCCAAGCCGGCCGCGGGGAGCCCUGGGGUUCCUGCAAGCGCCAGAGGGAAUGUGUGCAAGCCCGGUGUGGACAGGCAGGCUUCCCACGGGGACCUGGGGGUGCCCUCCCUUCCCACUGUCUCCCCUCCAAAUGCAAACAGAAUUGAGGAAAAUGGGCCCAGUCCGGCCUCAACCCCAGAUUCAACAAGUAGCACAGCCCCUCUCCCCAAUCCCCCUGCCCCAGCACCAAGCCUGGCAUCCCAGAAUCACCCCCAGCCUCCUGCGGGCCACAGUUUACAUUCACCGUGUGCCAAUGCGUCUCUGCACCCAGGUCUCAACCCGCGAAUCCAAGCAGCUCGGUUCCGGUUUCAGGGCAACGCUAACGACCAAGACCAGAAUGGAAAUACCACCCAGAGUCCUCCAUCAAGAGACGUCUCCCCAACAAGUCGUGACAACCUCGUGGCCAAACAGCUUGCGCGCAAUACCGUGACCCAGGCGCUCUCAAGGUUCACAAGCCCUCAAGUAGGGGGUCCCCCCAGGCCUGGGGCACCCCCUUCAGGGGAUGGCAGCGCCCAUCCGCCAGCCGGCAGGACCAGCUUAAAGACUCCAGGGACAGCACGAGUCGACAGAGGAAACCCUCCUCCCAUCCCUCCAAAAAAGCCAGGGCUCUCCCAAACUCCUUCUCCACCACACCCCCAGCUCAAGGUUAUUAUGGAUAGCAGCAGGGCCUCUACCGCUGGGGCCAAGGUGGAUAACAAAACUGUGGCCUCGCCUUCUGGUUUGCCCCAGGGGAACAGGGUAAUAAAUGAGGAGAACCUCCCUAAGUCGUCCUCCUCUCCUCAGCUGCCACCAAAACCAUCCAUAGAUUUAACUGUGGCACCUGCAGGCUGUGCCGUUUCAGCCCUGGCCACGUCUCAGGUGGGUGCCUGGCGUGCUGCAAUCCCGGGACUGAACCAACCUGCAUGUUCAGAGCGUCCCCUUGUCAUCCCCACCACCAUUGCCUUUCGCGCUCCCGUAAACCCUGUUAGUGCCUCCUCCUGUAGGCCAGGUGCCUCAGACAGCCUCCUGGUAACAGCAUCAGGCUGGUCACCCUCCCUAACCCCUUUGCUAAUGAGUGGUGGUCCUGCCCCCCUGGCUGGCAGGCCCACCCUUCUUCAGCAAGCUGCUGCCCAGGGAAAUGUCACUUUAUUAUCAAUGCUGCUUAAUGAAGAAGGACUGGACAUUAAUUACUCCUGUGAAGAUGGCCAUUCUGCCUUGUAUUCUGCUGCUAGGAAUGGACAUACAGACUGUGUGAGAUUGUUGCUGAAUGCAGAAGCCCAUGUCGAUGCUGCUGAUAGAAAUGGCUUCACACCCUUGUGUGCUGCAGUUGCUCAGGGACACGUCAAGUGUGUAGAAUUAUUAAUUGCAUAUCAUGCUAACAUUAAUCAUGCUGCUGACGGAGGACAGACACCUCUCUUCCUGGCCUGUAAAAAUGGAAAUGAAGAAUGCAUUAAACGCUUAUUGGAAGCUGGAACUGACCGAAGUGCAAAAACCAGAGACGGCUGGACACCACUUCAUGCAGCUGUGGACACUGGUAACGUGGAGAGCCUCAAGCUCCUUAUGUACCACCCAGCACCAGCCUGUGGAGACGAGCUGAAUGAGCAGGAGCCCAAGGCGGGCGUGUUUGACUUGGAUGGAGGAGAAAGUCCUGAUGGGACAGCCAGGCCUGUUGUUCCCGCGGACCUUAUUAACCACGCCGACAGAGAAGGCUGGACUGCUGCCCACAUCGCUGCUUCAAAAGGGUUUAAGAACUGCCUAGAAAUCUUGUGUCAGCACAGAGGGCUGGAACCUGAGAGGAGAGAUAAGUGCAGCCGGACUGUCCACGACGUUGCCACCGACGACUGCAAGCAUCUCCUAGAAAACCUGAAUGCUCUUAAAAUACCCUUAAGGAUUUCAGUGGGUGAGACCCAUCAAGGCGGCUGUGGAUCUGAAGAUUUUGAAUGCACAAACACAACCUGUGCUUUAAAUAUCCGCAAACAGACAUCAUGGGAUGAUUUUUCAAAAGCCUUGAGUCAAGCUCUGACAAAUCAUUUCCAAGCAAUCUCUUCUGAUGGAUGGUGGAGUCUGGAAGAUGUGACAUUUAAUAACGCCACCGAACCCAGCAUCGGCCUCAGUUCAAGCAGCGUGCUAUCCAUCAUGCUAGGAAAUGUGCCGUGGUCAGCUGGUCAGAGCUUCGCCCAGUCCCCAUGGGACUUUAUGAGGAAGAAUAAGACUGAGCAGAUCACGGUGCUUCUGUCAGGCCCUCAGGAAGGCUGCCUCAGUAGUGUGACUUAUGCAUCUAUGAUCCCUCUUCCGAUGCUGCAGAACUACCUCAGACUGGUCGAGCAAUAUCAUAAUGUCAUUUUCCAUGGCCCAGAAGGAAGCUUGCAAGACUACAUAGCCUAUCAGCUUGCGCUCUGCAUGAAGCACAGACAAAUGGCUGUGGGUUUCAUCUGUGAGAUUGUGAGAGUCGAGGUGGAUGCUGGUUUCUCCAAGGAGCAGCUGGUAGACCUGUUCGUCAGCAAUGCUUGUCUGAUCCCGCUGAAACAGUCUCCUGGUAACAAGAAGACCAUCAUCAUUUUGCAGAACUUGGAGAAAGCAUCGUUGUCUGAAUUAUUGGGGGAUUUCCUGGCACCUCUUGAAAGCCGCAGCACUGAAAACCCUUGCACUUUUCAAAAAGGAAAUGGAACGUCUGAACAUUACUACUUCCAUGAGAACUGCUUUCUGAUGGGGACCAUUGCCAAGGCCUGUCUCCAGGGCUCUGACCUGCUGGUGCAGCAGCACUUCCGCUGGGUCCAGCUGCGGUGGGACGGCGAGCCCAUGCAUGGUCUGCUGCAGAGGUUCCUAAGGAGGAAAGUAGUGAACAAGUUCAGAGGAAAGCUGCCCCCUCCCUGUGAUCCUGUGUGCAAAACGGUCGACUGGGUCCUGUCCGUCUGGCGCCAGCUCAACUCCUGCCUGGCCCGCUUGGGCACACCAGAAGCCCUUCUUGGGCCAAAAUAUUUCCUGUCUUGUCCAGUAGUGCCAGGCCAUGCCCAAGCAACAGUAAAGUGGAUGUCCAAGCUGUGGAACACCUCCAUUGCACCCAGAGUUCAAGAAGCAAUAUUGUCAAGAGCCUCUGUGAGACGGCAACCUGGCCUUGGACAGUCAGCUGCUAGAAAGCACCCUAGCCAAGGACAACAAGCUGUGGUUAAAGCUGCCCUCAGCAUCUUACUUAAUAAAGCUGUACUGCAUGGCUGUCCCCUCCCAAGAACAGAGCUCGACCAGUAUAUCGCUGAUUUCAAAGGAGGAAGUUUCCCUCUCUCCAUUGUGUCAAGUUACAGCAGUUGUGGGAAGAAGAAAGGGGAGAAUGGUGCCUGGAGGAAGGUGAGCACCAGUCCUCGCAAGAAGUCUGGCCGCUUCUCGUCGCCCAGCUGGAGCAAGCCGGACCUGAGUGAGGACGGUAUCAAAAAUAAGACUUUAUCACAACCAAAUUACAACAGGAAUUCAUCUCUGUCAAGACAAAAGUGUUUGGAAAAUGACCUCUCAUUACCGUUGACUCUGGAUCAGAGACUCUCCCUGGGUUCUGAUGAUGAAGCUGACCUGGUUAAGGAACUUCAGAGCAUGUGUUCCAGCAAAUCGGAAUCUGACAUUAGCAAGAUUGCUGAUUCCAGGGAUGAUUUAAGGAGAUUUGAUAGUUCCAGAAACAGCCCUGUGUUUCCAGCAUCUGUUAACACUCCAGGAACACCAGUGUCACAAAAGGAGCUCAGUCCUCUCAGCAACCGGCAAAGGACGGAAUGCAGCAACAGUAAGCUAAAGACGGAGUUGGGUGUUUCAAGAGUGAAAUCUCUUCUUCCUGUUCCUCGAAGUAAAGCCGCCCAGUGUUCCCAGAACACCAAAAGAAGCAGCAGCAGCAGUAAUACAAGGCAAAUAGAAAUAAAUAAUAACUCAAAAGAUGAGAUUUGGAACUUACGCAAAAACGAACAAGUAGAAAAACCUCACAAAUAG